UUAAAGUUUUCACAUAUUUGUUAAAAGAUAUGUAUAAAUAUAUUAUAGAAAUAUACAUACGAUUUUUUUAAGUUUUGUGCAUAUAAAACUUUUAUCAUGAAAUUACGAGUACAGAAAAGAGGACGGAAGCGAAGUGUAUAAGAUAUGUUGCUAAAGAAAAAGUGUAAAAAGAAUGUGUCCGGGUUUUAUUUUCUUAUAAACACCAGAAAAUAUAUUGUCACAAAUUUGAACAGCUUAAAGUAAAAAAUAGAAAUUAAUUAGAAAGAAGAAAAAUUGAUUAACUCCUCUGUGAGAAUUUGGACAAGUAGCUCACAACAAAACCAGCGCCAGCGUUGCUUUGAGACGAAAAUAAUACAUUGUAGCUAUGAGUAAUUAUCGUCACCAUGGAGGAGGCGGUGGCUAUAGUGGAAUCGAAAUUCGAAACAUGCAUCCACGAAUCUCUCAAAAUUUCACUUACGUUAGUUCAUGUGUUAAAUAUCUGAUCUUCAUGCUAAAUUUCAUAUUCUGGCUUUCGGGAGGAUUAUUGCUGGGUAUUGGUCUUUAUGCUUUCAUGGACAAAUGGGAAGCUACUGGAUGGGUUCGUCUAGAAACAUUUUACGAUGUAAUACUGAACAUCUCUUUAGUAAUGAUGCUGACCGGAAUACUAAUUUCUGUAGUCAGUUUUGCUGGUUGCCUUGGUGCGCUGCGUGAAAAUACUUGUUUACUAAAAUUCUAUACUAUGUGCUUACUAAUGUUUUUUCUUUUGGAAUUGGCCAUUGCCAUAAUGGGAUUUGUUUUUCCACAUAAUAUGAAUUCUUUUCUGGAAGACAAAUUCACUGAUAAAAUUAUACAUUCGUAUCGUGAUGACCCAGAUUUGCAAAAUCUUAUCGAUUUUGCACAACUUGAAUUUAAAUGCUGUGGAUUAAGCAACUCUGGAUAUCAAGACUGGAGCAAGAAUGAGUAUUUCAACUGUUCAUCACCAUCAGUUGAGCGUUGCGGUGUUCCAUAUAGUUGUUGUAUUAACGCAACUGACAUCAGUUCGGGUUUGGUUAAUAUUAUGUGCGGUUAUGGCGUUCAAGAACACUCGGUUGCGGCAGCAAGCAAACGUAUUUGGACUAGUGGUUGUAUUGAGAUUGUUCGAGUUUGGGCAGAACGAAACUUAUAUACUAUAGCCGGCAUUGCACUAGGAGUUGCUCUAAUACAACUUUUUAUAAUAUAUUUAGCUAAAACUCUAGAAGGCCAAAUAGAUCUGCAGAAAUCGCGUUGGAAUGCGUGAGUUCUUUUAAUGUAAAAACAAAUGUAGGGUACGAUUGGUAGCAACAUUUCUAUAUCGUAAACAUGUAAACUUUCCAUUUUUGUAGGUAUGUUAGUUUUUUUAAACAAAUAGUGUUUAUAAUUUUUAUAUAAAUUUUUAAUAGAGAGUAUAUAAGACAGUAUGUUGCUCUUUUCGCUCAAACGUAUUAUAUAUUGAAAAUAUUGAAUUUAAAACGCAUUUAAUACAUUGAUGACAUUUUUUUCAAUAAAUCACAAACGAGAGAAACUGUUAACACGUAGGUGCUGCAUUUAGCAUUUUCUUACUCUAGUACUAAAAAUAGAGUGUCACAAAAAAAAAGACUUGGUUUAAUUUAAACUGUAGGCCGUUUUAAUUGUAUUCCUUUGUACUGUUUAUUUUUCUCGAAUAUAUGCAAUAUUAUUGUAAGUAAUUUUGACUACUAUACCUAUAUAUUACUGAAAAUUGCAAAAACAAGAAACACUCGUAUAUUUAUGUGUUCAUUAUAAUCAUCACAUAUUACAUCAUAUUUAUUUACAAUAUAUUUAUAAUAUACAAUUUUUUUUUUUAUAAUUUGGCACACGCGCAUCUCAGAAUUACUCAAAUCAUUACAUCUUCAAAACUUUUAGUGGGAGCACAUUACAAAAUCAAUUGGAUCAAUUGAAAGUCAUAAUUUCAAACAUGUUCGACCGACAAUUGAUUUAAUUGAAAUUAAUGUAAUGUUAAUUUCAGUAAAGGGACCCCACUGAAAUUUUAAUGAUUAAGAAAAAUACUUUGCCUACACCCAAGAAAAGUUCUUAUUAACUGUGUAAUUAACAAAAGUGUGA